GCCGGACCCCGCAACAGAUACAACUGUCACCGCCCAGCCCGCCCUCAAACGCGGUCUCUUACAAACACCGCCAGCUUCCACUCAGCCGGUCUCCUUCGAUGUCCUCAUGUCGUUGAUUCAUAUCAGACGACAUUCCCACGACUGCACCGUCUCGGAUACGGCUGACUGACAGGAGUUCACCCGUACGCUGUCCGCUGGCCACAUCGACAAACACACCACUUAAGACAGGAGCAUUGUUCGGGGCAGACUUAUCAUCUGCCUCAUCCUGCUGCCAAAGGUGCAGGGCACUGCUCUGGCGCCAGGCUCUCCUCAGAACCCUCACUCUGACGACUGCUGUUCUUUGUUCGAGUCCACGCCGGCAAGAUGUGCCUGACCAAGGUUUACUACAACACCUACGCGGACGGGGCGCAGGACAUCACCGAGAAGAACUACCCCUGCAGGGAUGGCAGAAGCUGCUCCCGUCCCGACGUGCGCAAGUAUGAACGCAAGUUUCCCUUUACCAAGCUGGGCGAUGUCCAGCCGGAGUCUCACAGGAGCCUCUCGGAGCGCCAGCCGACCCCAUAUUUCUCCGGCCACACACCUCGAGGCUUCAAGUCGCCCUCACCUUCAGGCAAGCGCGACUCCGGCGUCUACAUGAGCGGUGCCAUCCCCAGCAAUCACCACGACUACCACGAUCCUUACGGCGACUACGACGCCUACGACGGCCACCACUCGUCCUCCCGGCACGACCGCCACGAACGCGGCCGCGAGCCCCGCCUCAAGCGGUUCUCCACCACGCCUCACAUCGUCUACCUGGACCGCGACCGCGACAUCAAGUCCUCCCGCUCCCGCUCUCACUCCAACAGCCGCGACUACUCGCGCGACAUCCCGCUCGGUCUGGUUCCGCUCGCAGACGAAUACGGCCGCCGCCAGUCGUCCCGCUCCCGCUCCCUCGAGAGUAGUUACGACCACAAUAGCGGCAUGUACUACCGCCGGCGCACCGACGAUCCCCAGGGAUACGCCGUCAUCGACGACCAGGACGAGCGCCGCCGCCAGCGCCGCGAGCAGCAGCGACGCAUGUCCACAUCCAGCUACCACCUGGACCCGUCCUCCUCGUCUAACCCACGCGUGUACUACGAUGCCUACGCGGCGGCAUACAUCCCGCGCCGCGCGUCCACGGUCGUGCACCACAGCGACGGGUCCAUCUCGACCGGAUCUAGCUCUGGGGCCAAGACAAAGCAUCUCCGCUGGGAGGACCAGGUGCGCGCCAAGCGGGAGAGGCAGAACGCCGAGAUUGCGAGCCGGCCCGGUUCAUCUUCGUAUUCUGGCGAGGUGAAGGGUAUUCUGAAGCACUCUGCAGCGGGAGACGGGAGGGGGAAGGGGAAGGGGAAGGUGGUGGAUGAUGAUAUUGCUGAUUUGCGGAGGGCGGUCGAGAGGAUGGAGAUUCCCCGGGGACGGGACAGGGACCCUAAAAGAGGGGAUGAGUGGUUGCGGGGAGGGGGGUAUGGGCAGGAUUAUGCGGAAGGGAGGCGGAAGAGGAAUAAGGUGUAUGCAGAUGAUCUGUAUCGGUAUUGAGCGGGGUUCCAUCGAGGGCGAUGGCGUCUGGCGCAUACAGUUUAUUGCGGUGGGAUCGGAAAGACGGUGGCACAUGAGGUGGAUCUGAGGCUCUACAAGUGAUGGGUGCACCUGGACUCAAAAAGUUCAAUCGUGGUGUCUAUGGCGCUGGGGUAGUAGGUCGGAGACUUUUUGGUGUUUUUGCAACGGGGCCUGAAUCGAGACGCCAGGACGCUUGUGCUGCACUCGCUUCUCGGGUGACGUAUCGCAUCACUUUCCUUUGUUAUGUUGCGUUACGACUUACAUGAAC